CAACCAUUCUGUUGAGAGACGCGGACGAGUAAACUACGUUCGUUUGUGCUGUUUUUUUUUUCGUAGUGACGCUCAGUCGAAAUUGUUGGUGCCAGGCACAAUUUUCAUCAAAACAACACUUUUGAUUGUGAAAACAAAGUUGACAUUGCAGAAAUCUGUCAGUUCGAUAUCGGUUUAGUGUUGUCGUGUGUUGAAAGCGAAGAAAAUAUCUAAAAAUUCACCGAAUUUCCACCUUUUGGAAAACGUUGGAUCACUGUUUGCUAAUAGUGACGCCGCCUGGAAAGUUCCGCGACGGCACCGUCGCAGUUCUAUCUUUUUUUUUGCGGCGUAGUUCAUCCUGCUGAACUGACUAUCUUAGGCCCCCGUGUUGACGCUAGUCUUUAUUAGCUGACCACAAUUCCGACGGCUUUUACCGGCGUUGGGUGCAAUGGGCAACGUCCGUGACUUGUUCGUGAAACAAUCGUAAGACAUCUUGGCGAAGGAAAAAUAAUCAUGGAUCCGGAAUCGGGCAAAGUCGGGCAGUUGCAGCAGGCUGCGAUGCUAGUCGUUGCUGGAUCGACACGUCUUAACACAUCUCCAAUGAUUCCCGGAAUGAAAACGGAAUUUCCAGGACCUCCACCCGUCUACGAUGGGCACGGUUUCGGUCCGCCCGUCGUCCUGGAUCUGUCUCCCCGUGGUGUCGACCACCACCCUUCAUCCAUCCAGUCACCUUACACUCCUGUGACGGUGGACGGAGAGUGUGGCGGAGAGAUGGAGACGCGGAUCAAACGUGAAGUCAAGACGGAAUCGCCGGAUUCCGACGGCGGUGAUGAGGACGAGAGUAGAGACGACGACGACCAAGUGGAUAGCGGCACACAAGAAGAAGAAGAAGAAGAGAUGGGGGGAGGAUGUAGCCGGACGAUGCCACGAAUGCCGGAGGCGAGUCUCUUCAAAUGGCACCAGAGGAGGCAGCAGAAACGGCACCAGGAUGAACAAUUGCAAGUCAUCCAGCAGCCGGCUGCGGUGAUGACAGUAGACGGCUCCUUGCCAUCACCAUCACCACCGCCCACUGAUCUCGAUUUCGUCGCUUCUAUUCCCAAGCGGAAGGCUUUGAUCCAUCCGCAACGCAAGCACAACGCCACAACGGCCUCUUCAUCGAAUGUUGCCAUUCCGGUCGGCAUUGCCGUGGCCAGGCAGCGUAGGGAUAAAUGCCGCUCCGAUACGCCCAUGCCGCCCGUCCAACCCAAAGCUAGGCGUGCCGCCCAGUCCAGUCCCGUUUCUUACCCAACGGACCUAUUGUGUACCAUGUCCAACUCAUCCGCCGGAUCUACUGAGCAACAACAUCUCUUCAGUCCUUCUUCACUAGCUGGCCUAAGUGCAAGCUAUCCGGCCGGAAGAGCUGUUUAUAAUCCAACGGCUCUUUACGCUGGUCAUCCAGCAGCUCCGUCGCUCGUCUCCACUCCGGCCGCAAAUUGGGGCUGGUCCAAUCAGGCGGAAUAUAAUGCUGCGGUGGCCAACUCCCUUUGGUCGACAACUGACAUGAACUCCAUCAUGGGCUAUUCGACUUAUCUACCCACUCCACCGUCAUCCAGCGUCUCUUCAUCUCUCCUGCAUCAACAUCAUCAUCAUCAUCAUCUCGCUGGCGGAAUGACUCCUUCGCCUUUCCUUCUGAUCCCCACCGCCUGUCUGGAUUCGUAUCCACGGGCAACGGUUCUGUGGCCGGGCUAUGCGGCGUCGGCUCAGUCGCCGUGGGGACUCCCACCAGAUAUGGCAGCGACUCCGACAGCUUCAUGGUCUCUCCAUCCGCCGGUCAUCGGGUCGGCUUUUGAACUGCCGCUUCUGAGGGCUGAGGAGUCAUCCACCCACGCGUCCAAACCCGAAUGCGUCACAAAUAGUUGCCCCACCAACGUGGCAGACAUCAAGGAAGAACGAAUGAGUCCAGAACCGCCUGUUCCAGAGAAAAAUGAACAGCCGAUCCCGUCCGAAACGGCCCAGCCGCUGGAAUCUGUCACAGCAACGACGGACCAAACAACCAUCCGAGUCAGAGACAACCUCACCACCAUCCCAGUUAGUCAGGAUCCAAUCAUCUGCGUUCCAAAUUCAUUAGACGAUCGACGCGUCCCUUCACCGACAGUCCAGGAAAAUCCAGCGCCAUUGGCGGAUUAUUCGGGAUUGCAGCUCUUGUCGGAUAGCAUAGAGCGAUUUGUUUCAGCUGAUCAGUCGAAAUUGACGAACCAGGCGGAAACAAUCAAGAUGGUCAAAAAGGAGCACUGCAGCAGCAGCAGCAGCGACAAGCCGGUGACAGUGGAAAUGGCCGGAAACGCGCUAGAUGUCUUGUGCGCGGCCGCCUUGUACCAGCAGUCAGAUCCGCCUCCAUCGACCAACGAGUCUAGGGAAAUUUUGCCGGACACGUCAUGCGGCCCACGCCUAGCCGGAUUUCAGGUGGAAUUCGACUUCCGCUCCAAGCUGGCUGAAUUACAACGCAAGUAUAAGGAGAAACAAAAGGAGCUGAGUAGCCUAAAAUGCAAGAAGAAGUCGGACAAGAAGAAGAAAAAGAAGCGAUCCAGCUCGGACAAAGAAGAGAAAGCUUCCCGAAGACGGAAUAGCAGCAGUAGCAGUAGCCGCGACGGAAGCCACCAUUCGGCAACAAAGCAACCAGAUCAGUCGAGCGAGUUGGCCAAAAUCGUUUCGGCGCCAGUCGACUUUAUCGUUCCCGGUCGUUUGGAGCUGCCGUCAUCUACUACGCAACGGUUCACGGGUGAUGAAGUGGAACUGCCGAGGAUUCCGACUUCGUAUGCGGCCGCUUUGGCGUCAGCUGCCAACGCUUUAGCCCCCACACUGCCGACCAAUGCUGUCAUUCCGGCGGAGAAGAAGAAGCGCAAACCGGAUUUCCCUGUGCGGAAGCAAGAUUCCGAAUUGACCGAAACAAUUGUGCCCAGCAAGAAGCGCAAAUUUUUCCAAUUGUUCCAGUGGUGCCACUCGGGCGAUCCAUCUGCCACCAAAAAGAACAAGAAAAAGAAUUCCUCUGGACAUAAAUCCAAAAGUCCCGCCAAACCUAAAAUAAAACCCAAACUCAAAGCCGAGCUCCAAUUGAAGCAGCAGCUCAGUAGCAGCAGCAGCGAGGAAAGUGAAGAAGAAACUCUGGAAGGAGAGGCGAAGGAAGAUGCGGAAGAAGAGUGCGAUCGACUGGAGCGACAUUGUUUGCCAGCCUUGCAAUUUCUUCAGUUGAGCGACGAUAGUAAUGCUGAAAUCGAUACCGUCUCUACGACUUGUAUUCCACCACCACCGGCUCCUACUCCUCCACCGGCUUCCACCCCUACACCUAUUCCCACUCCUCCACUGGCUACCCCUACUCAACCGAUACCUGCGCCGACUACACCUGCGACGACGUGUGAACCGGUGAUUGAAGUCCCAGUCGUUGAGCGGCCAACUGAACCAGAAAAACGCGAUCCGGAACCAACAAAAGAUACCACCAAAUCGCCGUGGUUAUUGACUCAAGAUCUACUGCAGGACGGGCUACGCGUGCUGAUAUCGGAACAAGAAGGACUUCUCCAUGGUGGCACCGUAUCGGGGAUCUGUCCACCCGACAUUUACGGUGUCGUGGUAGACGGUGAGCGUGGCAGCCGGCCUAGGAUUCUCUCAACGGAAGAACUACUUCACGAAGCAUUGCUGGAAGUUUGUCCGCUCGGUCUCAGCCAGCUGCAGGUCGGAACACGCGUUUGCGGCUACUGGAGUCGCAAGUCACGUUGCCUCUAUCCGGGUUUCGUAUCCAACAUCCAUCCGGCCACUCUACCGCCCAACGCCAGUCAUCGAAGUGUUGCACGCGAGGAUGAGAUUGACGUCGAGUUUGACGACGGCGACAGCGGCCGCAUUCCCGUCAGUCAAAUUAGACUUCUACCGCCAGAUUAUCCCGUGUUGGAAAGGGAUCCCAAUCCACUGCUGCCGAUAGAGAGCCGCCGCCAUAAGAGGCGCAUUUCCGAGCCGGCCUCUGCCACGGCAGCCCAAAUUCCCGUAGCAGCUGUCAAGCCGUCGGUUCACAAAGAGGCAGAAGGAAUGGCGGCGGCGGCGGAAGUGGACGAGCCGGCCGAGAAGAAGAACAAGAAAACGGAAGGUGACGAGUCUAAAGAGAACAACGACGAUGGUAACGUCCAGUUAAAAAAGUGUAGAAAGAGCAAAAAACAUAAAAAGAAGCACAAGAAAAAGCGCCAAAUUGAGACGUCAGAUGAGCUGCCUCCGGUGUUGGACCAGCCGGAUUUGAUCAUUCCCAUCAGUCCCGGAUUGGCCAUCGAUCACGCUCUAGAGGGUGCGGCGGAUGACAGCGAGCCCAUCGUCAAAAUGGAAACGAGAGGCAGCAAAGAAGCGGUCAACUACUCUGCUUCGCCGCUUCCUCGCCGGGCGGCAGCCAAGACCAGAUCUCCAGAGCCCCAGCAGCCGCAGCAGCAGCAGCAGCGUAAAACCAAUAAGAGCAAAAUGGCGGCAUUCCUGCCGGAACGGCAAUUGUGGCAGUGGUUAGGCGCCAGUUUCAAGAAAGCAUCCAAGGGGAAAGGCCGUAAAGAAUUCUACAAAGCCAUCCAUCGCGGAGAUGAAAUCAUCCGCGUCGGUGACUGUGCCGUGUUCUUGUCAGCCGGUAGACCUGAUCGUCCCUACGUUGGCCGUAUCGAGCUUCUCUGGCAGUCGUGGGGUGGUUCCAUGACAGUUAAAGUUCGUUGGUUCUACCACCCCGAAGAGACUUGCGGAGGACGCCGGCUCACCAAUCUCAAGAUUCCGGGCGCUUUAUUUGAAUCGAACCAUGUCGACGAGAAUGACGUGCAGACCAUCUCACACUGUUGCACCGUCUCCUCGCUAGACGAGUACCGCCUUCUGUGCAAAGGCAAACCUGACGUCAAUUUGAAUUUGGACGACAACAACAGUUCUGGCUACGACCAAUUCUACCUAGCCGGCUUCUAUGAUCCCACAUCCGGCCACCUGAGCUUCGAAUCGGACGUGCUGGAACAGUAGCAGUAGUCUCACGUACCGUAUUGUCUGUUUGUAUGUCUAAUCUUUCUUCAUUUUUCAUCCGGUGAAGGUUAACAAUGCGUUGAUAGUGCAAUACCAUAUCACAGACCAUGCCCCCCCCCCCUCAUUUAUUUUGGUUAAUCUAAUGUUUUCUCGGCAGCCUUAUGGCACUCGAUGUGUCUUCGCUUCAAGGUACCAGCGCUUCAUUCCCAUCCCCCUUCCCCACACGCCCUUUUUUAAAAAAAGGUCCAUGUAGACACCUACGCGAAAUCCACACACAAAACGCCUCUACAUUUAGUCUGGUUUACAUGUGAUAAUUAUCCAUCAAUCUUUGGCUUCUAAAUAUUAUUAUACAGUCCGUAUAUAAUGUUAUAUUAUAUAUAAUCGUAUGCUACCUGUAAAUAAGUUUUAAAGUGUAUCUAUUUUGGAAAAACAAACAAACAAUUCUUGGACGUUGCAAUCAAUCAAUAACCGUUUGGGGCAAUUACACAGACAAUGAAAAGGAAAUAAUAUGAAAAACUAAGAAGUACCUGUCGCAACGCUUUUUUUACGCAAUCCAGCGUGGUUGCGUGGGCUAAAAAAAAGAAAUGCUUUGAUUGCUUAAUUGUAUCUUACUGUGUAUCGUAUCGGUGCCCGUUUAGCCAUAUAAUAUUCUCUUGAAAUCGGAGCAUCAUACUAUUUAAACUUGGGACAACAAUAAUACUGGUAAACCCUAAUGCCAGACCCUGUUACCAUUAUUCGUUUUUACAAUUACAUGCGAAAUAUCAUCCAGUCUUGUAUGUCUUAUUCUUCUGAUUCAUUUUCUCUCCAUUUUGGCCCAAUGUUUGUGUAGUUACGGAACUAUAUAUGAGACAUUACAUUUGCUUUCCAGAUCGGAA